CUCCAAUGAUUUUUAGUUUCAGUUUGAUGGUUGCGUCUAAGCUUAGCAACAUGACGCCCACUUACCUAGUCGUUAAGUAAAAUUGGUUACCGGUUUCGAAUCUAUGGAUCAAUAUAACGCAGGGUACCACAGAGGAAGUUCGUUUGAAAUCGAGGCUUGUCGAGAAGGAAAUAUGGACACCGCUUACCUAAAACAAACCCUUGGUGACUCCCUAUCAAGAUGUCUGUCAGAGGUUUCUGAAAAAAGACCGAGAGAUCCUAUAGAAUAUAUUUCUCAGUGGCUCUACAAAUAUGUUGAAAAUCAAAACAACAUUGCACAGAAAAAAGCUGAAGCAGAGCAGCUUGAACAACAGAGGAAAGAUCAUGAGCGGGAUCAGGUCCUGCGAGAAAAGAGACGGGAGGAGGCCAAGAGAAUAGCUGAGAAGGAAGCAGAGAAGAAAAGGUUAGAGGAAGAGCGUGCGAAGAAGGAGACAACAUCGCCCACCAAGCUCCCAGUGGUGAUGGAGGCACAGGAACCUUCAGAGGAAGCCAAGGCAGAGGCAGAAAGGGCUGCAGAACAGCAGGCAGCGGAAGAGAAGGCAGCGGCGGGUGGAGAGGAGACAGAGGGGACCAAGCCGCCAUCUGAGGAGCCCAAGCCGGAGGACCCACCCACACAGGAACCUGAAGGUCAGGAACCAGCCCCAGAUGCUGGCCAGGAACCAGCCACAGAGCCGCCCGCAGAGGAUGCCUCAUAGUUACUUCCCCAGUUUGUGGACUCUCCUCCAACACCUGUGUCAUUUAUUUAAUCUUUUGUCAUUUAAUUUUUUGUCAUUUAAAAUAUGCGUUCUAAAUUUAUAACUCAAUAAAUAUUGAAAUGAAAAACUGUAUAUGAAAACUUUAUUUAAGUAAAUUAUUUAUGCUCCAAUUUAUAACUGAAAUACAUUUGUAUUAUAAGCCAUCCAUGUGAUUGUGAUUUUUGUUGUUUUUUUUCAUUAUAGUUUUAUACAUUAUAUAUGUUUGCAAGAUAACAUACUUGACAAUCAAAACUAGUUAAAACAGUAUUCUUAGAUUUAUACAAAAUGUAGAUACCUCUUUUUACAUGUUUUAGUCAAUCAGCACUCAGUGUGGUUUUAAUUGUUGGUGCUUAUACAAUCAGAUUUUUUUUUUUCUUGCCAUGAAAUUCAUUCUGGUCAAAUUGUUAGGUAGGUUAAUCUAGAGUAGACUAAAUAAUUGAAUGUGCCAUCACAUUAAAGGCAUCCAAGUCCAAGUAUAAAUGCUUUAUAAAACCUUAUAGAAUAAACAUUGGUUUUAUACCUUUUGAUAACAAAAUCAGUGCUUAUGUUAAAGAAAAGUUCAAAAUUAUACAAAAAAUGAAAAAAAUCUUAACUUGUUGUAUGAGUGGAAUUUGACAGAUUAUAAAUUAGAUUUUUGUAUUUCUGGAAUAUUUCAUACAUUCCAUUGCAAAGAAAUCUUUUUUUGACAUUUCUUUUAAUUGGAGUUGGCUGCCUUUAAGGGAUUUUACUACUAAUAAAAAAUCUUGAACUUAGACUAACCUGUUGAUGAUUAACCAAAAAUGUUGUGUUAUAAAAAUAACUUAAAACUGCAGACACAAACUUUAAACCUUAACCAUGCAAAUUAAUUUGAAAUGUUUAUUAUAGGAUGCAACUUUUAUAUUCAGUUAAGUUACUCCCUUUUUUGUUGAAAAUUCCUCCUUUAGAAUUACUACCGUUUAUGUCAUGUGAAAUGUUUUUUAUGGUUUUCUUGUUAGAUGGUGAUUAAUGAAAUGGUCAAAUGAAUAAUUGGUCUAGUUGAUUUUCUCUCGACAUGGAUAUGUUUUACGUGAAUAUGUUAAUUCUCUUUUCAUUUGCGUAUUACUCCACAGUAAUCAAACAUUUGUUGAUUUUAAAAUGAUGAUUAUUGAAUGAAAAAUAAACUGUUGUGAUUUA